GAUUGGCUGCGGCCGGGGGCCUGGGCGGCCGGCGCCCGCCUCUCCGAGCGCGGAUUGGCCAGAGCUGCCGUCAGUCAGCCGGAACAGACUUCCCUCUCCAUCUGGCUCACUGCGGGCGAAAAAUUCUCGAGAUUUUCCAGCAGAAGAGCCAGUGGCUGUGCUAGCUUCUCGCUCCAGAAACCAGAAAUAUCGGGGAAGGCAAUCUUAUUUACCCAGCAGGAAAGUCCCUUCCCCGCCCUCCGUUAAUUAACUAGAAAAUUUCCAGGGACGUAACCAUCGCGAGUCACAUCAUUUUUCUUGAAGACAUUCCAUUAUUGUUCUAUUGACCUUUCCCUCAUUCCUGAGUCCUUUGGAGUUGAUUAUGUCCACAGCUGCCUUAAUUACUUUGGUUAGAAGUGGUGGGAACCACGUGAGAAGGAGAGUGCUGCUAAGCUCCCGCCUACUGCAGGACGACAAACGGCUGACGCCUACCUGCCACAGCUCCACUUCAGAGCCUAGGUGUUCUCGGUUUGACCCGGAUGGUAGUGGGCGUCCGGCCACUUGGGAUAAUUUUGGGAUCUGGGAUAACCGCAUCGAUGAGCCCAUUCUGCUGCCGCCCAGCAUUAAGUACGGCAAGCCAAUCCCCAAAAUCAGCCUGGAAAACGUAGGCUGCGCCUCGCAUAUUGGCAAACGGAAAGAGAAUGAAGACCGAUUUGACAGCGCUCAGCUAACAGACGAGGUCCUGUACUUUGCCGUGUACGACGGGCACGGCGGACCUGCAGCUGCUGAUUUCUGCCACACUCACAUGGAGAAAUGCAUCAUGGAUUUGCUUCCUAAGGAGAAGAACUUGGAAACUGUGUUGACCUUGGCUUUUCUAGAACUAGAUAAAGCCUUUGCAAGGCAUGCCCACCUGUCUGCUGAUGCUCUUUUCUCUGCCCUCCCCUGUGUUGCAGCAACCCUUCUGACCUCUGGGACUACAGCCACAGUAGCCCUCGUGAGAGAUGGUAUUGAACUGGUUGUAGCCAGUGUUGGGGAUAGCCGGGCUAUUUUGUGUAGAAAAGGAAAACCCAUGAAGCUGACCAUUGACCAUACUCCAGAAAGAAAAGAUGAAAAAGAAAGGAUCAAGAAAUGUGGUGGUUUUGUGGCUUGGAAUAGUUUGGGACAGCCUCACGUGAAUGGCAGACUUGCAAUGACAAGGAGUCUUGGAGAUUUGGAUCUUAAAACCAGUGGUGUGAUAGCAGAACCAGAAACAAAGAGGGUUAAGCUACAUCAUGGCAAUGACAGCUUCCUGGUCCUCACUACAGAUGGAAUUAACUUCAUGGUGAAUAGUCAAGAGAUCUGUGACUUUGUCAAUCAGUGCCAUGAUCCCAAUGAAGCAGCCCAUGCAGUGAUUGAGCAGGCAAUCCAGUAUGGUAGUGAAGAUAACAGUACUGUGGUAGUGGUGCCUUUUGGUGCCUGGGGGAAGUACAAGAACUCUGAAGUCAACUUCUCAUUCAGCAGAAGCUUUGCCUCCAGUGGACGAUGGGCCUGACUGCUUGCUGGGACUCUGAAUUUCUGUGAAACAGUUCUUCCCUGAGUAUGUCAAGAAACUUAGUAGAUCAAACGCGUCAGCUGUGUCGGGGUGACUCUGUGACUCACUAGAUUAGUACACAGUGUAAAUGUCCUAACCAUCUACAUUGUAGUUUUUCAUAAGUAGCUGUCAUAUUUAUGUUCAGCUGUACAUACUCAGCAUAAAUAUGUGUGUCAUUCAGUUAUUGUGAGUCUCGAAGUUGAGUGAGCAAAUGAAAAGUGGUUUUGACACACUUGCUGAGUGUUACAGUUCUAAUUUUUAAAACUCUUAGGCAGCUAUGAGUUUCUUUUGAUCAUUUUUGUUCUUUAUUCGUUUGAACAGAUUCUCGCCUUCAAGGUCUUCAACACUAGUAGGCAUUUUGACGGCUCUGCAAUGUGUUCGCCGCAAGUGUUUGUUUUUAAUAGCUCUACCGAGGAGUAAGUGUGAAAACGGAGUUCCGUGUGACUAUAUUUUGUAUUUUGGACCACUUACUAGUAAACUUCACAAUGCAAAAGACAUUAAUUCAGAUAAUAUGACAUUGCUAAAGUAUGUGCGUGUUGACAACGAUGCACUUUCGUAUUUCAGCUGUGUCCCUUGGUCUCCAUUCUUCUUUUUUCUGUAGCUAAGAAUGCUAUACAGAUACAUAGACUACUCCUUUAUAUCAGAAAAGCAUGCACAGGCUGAGUCUUUUGGUCAAAGCUAUACAAACUUAAAUACUGACGGUAUCAAGUAUUCUGUGUGAAGGUUCCAUUGGUUAUCUCUAACUUCGUGUUCUGUGUAUUGUAUAUAGUAUGUUUAUGUCACUUUUUGUAUAGAUUCAGCAAGUUGGAUAAUGUGUCAGUAAAAAUGAUACCACACUGACUGACAAUGCUACAGACAUAGUGUGAGGUUUAUGUCUCCUUUUCGCUUAUUUCUGUGAUUCACAACAAUAAAUCUAGAACAUUAAAGCAUUCUGUAUUUCAGCUUGCUAGUGUAACUUAGGAAUGUAAAACUAUACUUCUUUAUAUCUGCAUGUAAGUUUGCUGUUAAAAUGUGCAUCUCUACAUGCGUGUUUGGAAUUAUAUCUGCAGUUUAUUUUGGCAGACAAUGUAAAUUUGUUACAUGUGUGGGUGUACGUACAAAUCUAAAUUUUGGAGUAAUAGAGAAUUAAAGGGAACAAUCCUGCAUAGCUCCUUCACCAGUUAGCUUUAAAUUACUGGUAUGUUUAUCCCCAAGGACUCCUGACAAACAGAGGGCAGUUUUAUAGCAGAGAACCAACGGUUAUUGGCAGGUGAGGAAGUGAAUUUAAAAUGGCUGUAGGAGAUGUUUUAUGGUGGCUAAUUGAUGUGGAACACACAGAAGCAGACUAGCAUGUUGAAGCUACAUUGCUAUAUGGUAAUUUGCAAAUAAAAUAAUAGGAUGUGAGGAAAAUACUGAGUGUUAAGAAUGAUGUGGAGUUUUGUUGUAAAAACAAACAAAAAAAGAAACCAAGAAGAAAAUAUACCUUCCACUCUCAGUUUUCAUGGUCGACUUGUUGUCUGUUUUUAUGUUUUCAUUUAAAGGUUUGUUAGAAGGAAGAUGGCCCGAUAUAAAUAUUCACAUCUUCUCAUCUUUUGGGGAAUGGAAGAAAAUGAAUCUUGAGUUUUCCUGUAUUUAUUAAUCAGGAAUUUUCCUUUGAUAAAAAAGUUGACAAAGAAAUAUUUCAAUUUCACGGGGCACCUGGGUGGCUCAGUCGUUAAGAGUCUGCCUUUGGCUCAGGUCAUGAUCCCAGGUUCCUGGGAUCGAGCCCUGUAUUGGGCUCCCUGCUCAGCGGGGAGCCUGCUUCUCCGUCUCCCACUCCCCCUGCUUGUGUUCCCUCUCUGUGUCUCUCUCUCUGUCAAAUAAAUAAAUAAAAUCUUAAAAAAAAAAAAAAAGAAAUAUUUCAAUUUUUUUUCCCAAGGAAGCUUAGUGAAAGUAAAAAAUAUUACAGGAAAGAAAAUAGUCUCCUGUUCAUUGUCUGGGAAGUGAGGAACCAAAGGUAGGCUAAGAAAGCUGGAAAGCUUUCUUGCUCUUUCUGACAUACGUUUAGGUCCCAGAACCUAAAUAUAGAAGCUUCAUUUAGGAGUAUGGAGAAUUUCCAAACUAACAAGCAAAUGAAAACUCUAAAGCACAAAAUGACAUUCUGAAAAUGUAGGUUUCAUUUUUGAUCUGAAUUCUUCACAGGGUGGGAGUGAUGUUGUCAAGCUCAAAAGUCACUGAUGCACUGAGGCAGAUUGCCAGGUUUAACAAAGAGGAAUCUGUAGGGUUGUCUAGGCCUUAGUAUGGGGUGGACUUUGCUCUGCUUCAUCUGAAAAGCUUUUAAAACUCGAAAUCAAUCAACUUUGACUAAAGCAUAAAAACAUAUGGGUGUUUGUUUUUUAAGCCACAAUGUUGAAGUAUAAUUUGUAGGUUAUUGUAAUCCACAAAAGAUAUUAAGCCUACAAGGAAUUAUGCAAAUAGUAGGGAAAAAAGGACUAUUCUAAAUAUAGUUUUUUAGCUAUAACUGUGAAUUUGCCAUGUGGCUGUUACCAUGUGGGUGUAGGUAUAGUGUAGAUUAUAUAUUAAUGUAAUUAAACCUAAAUCUGUUAUAAUUUACACUUGCCCUUCAUUUAUAUGUAGUAUAUCAAUCAUCUUUAUCAAAUGUGUUGCCAAACUAUUUGCCAACAUUGACUUGGCAAAAUAUUCUUAAAAAUCAUUGUGAUUUUUCACAAGUAUAAGUUCUUAAGUACCUAAUAUAUUCAAAAGUAAUGCUGUCCUGCUCUCCAUCAACUGUUUAUUUGUUGUAGAUUUUUGUGUUUAAGUGCUUCAAAGUCUUAUGCAUUUUUCUUCUGAAAAAAAAAAUUAGUUUGUUUUGAAGGAAACAGUUUUGAAUCUCUGUACUCUAUGAUGUGAACUGUUCUCAAGUUCCAAAAUUAAAAAGAAAUUACUUGCUUUGAAGAAUUAUUAGUACAUAAUCUGAAUAAAAAUUAUUUUUUCAAAGAGGAAUUUGAUUUUUUUUUUUUUUUUAAUUAAAAAUCCUGGCAGAGAAUGAGUUGGGUCUGUGCUAACUCCUCAAUGUCAGACAGGACAUUUAGUUUCUAAGAAUGGACAAGGAUUUAGUUUCAAGGUAAUAUGAUAGUAAGAAAAUGCUUCGAGGCGGGGCAAGGCGUGGUUAAAGUUUAGCAUCAAACAGUUAAAUACAAACCUGGAUUGGUAUUUAGCACUUCAUUUGUUCACAUACUCUUAUCCAUGGAAAGUGACAUAAAAUUUUGGUUGGAUUACCUUUUAUUGUACUUACUAGGUUCACUUACCUGGAUGACUUAAGCAGAAAUAAAAUGCUGUGUCUUUGCAAGCCAAAUUCUGAUGACCUCCCUGUUGCUUUUGGUAUCUGGAAUGAGACCCAUGCACUCGGGCAGCUCCCACUGGUUGUUAGGCGGCUCAAAUGGUCCACUGAUGGUCAAUUAAGUAUUCUGGGCUGUGAAACCAUAGAGUUCUUCCCCCUCCAAGAAUGACUCAUCUGCCAUUGGAUUCCAGUACAAAAUUGAGCAGCUUAAUGUGUCCCAAGUUAAGUUAAUUUCUGCUGAAUUGCUCCUGUGUACACUGUUUUACAAUUUAACCAAAGUGCUACUUGGGUGUACUUUGUACUUGUUCCUAGUGAGUUGAUGUAAUUGCUGCUUUGACCAUUGUUUUAAAUGUAUGUAUUAGAGUAAUUGUGAACAGACUAAAAUCAUGUAUCUCCGUGUUCAAAACACCAUUUUAAUAAAGUACAUCCAUUAAACACUUUUUAAAAA